AUGGACUCGGAGUUCGUGGGCACGGCGAAACACGCCCCGGCAUCGCUCCACGACAUACUAGCGUACUCUACUGUUGACACCAGUUCCAAAGCAGGGUAUGAGGGGAGUCACGACCCCUCUCAGGAAUGCUACAUGGCUAACAUCCGGGACGCGGGGACCCUCGACCCGACGCGCGGGAUGCAGCCCCCUCCCGUUCAGCGCACCCCUGAGGAGCAGGAAGCAUACCUCCAAGAGAAAGCUCAAUGCCUCUGGGCUAAAGCCAUAGAUCCAGAGAAGAAACAAGCACAACUCGAGCGGGAGCAAGCAGGCCUCGGGCAACGACCAGAAACUCGUCUCCCGAGGACUAGCGCUCGUAACCCUGCGCCAGAGGUCCAGGACCAGAUCAUCUUACCGAGGAGCCCCAUUCUUCCCUCGAGCAAGUCAAAACGUCACCGCCAGGGCUGUUAUCCUCUGUAG